GGGAGGGAGUAUAAUAUACUCCGUAACACCUCGAAAAAACUGCACGAUCCACGUCAUCCUCCACCUUCCCGCCGCACAAAUUGUAAUUUCCCUUCACCCCAUGACUGUUGGCUUCUCCUCUGAGUAGAAACACUCUUCAUAGCGAAAACCCUAAUCUGCAGGCGAUUCAUUUUCCGUUUCUCUCUAUGAAGCUUCGCUCUCGGAAAUUUCGUCCUCAUGUGGAUGCAGGAGCAGAGGGUUCGCAAUCUUCGCAUGAUGACGAGUUAUCUGAUAACGAUGCUACUAUCAUGGCUUCUUCUGAUUCUUCUGAUUCUGAAUAUCUUGCCAGAGAAGAUGAAGAGCAUGUCAAUGUUUUGGAAGAGAGGGAAUUGGAAGGUUUCCGUGUAAAUGGUGAUGAUGAGGUCAUCGACCAUGAAGUUUUAUCGAAGAAUCAUAAGCGGAGGAAGGUUGGAUCUACAAGAGGGAUGUCAGAAGUAGAUACUGAAUUCAAGGAAGAAAAACUACAGAAUGAAAAGGUGGUGGAUGAUAGUAAAGGUCCCAUGGAUGGUCCUUAUUCAAACAUGCCUGAUUUCAUCGAAUUGCUGAACAGGAUAAGUGAAAGGAAGAAGAAAAGUACAAGAAGGAGAAAAAACAGACCAGUAUUACUGUGGGAAGUGUGGGAUGAUGAGGAUGACAAGUGGCUUGUGGAUAACUUCACCACGGAUGUGGAUUUUGAUAACCAGAAUGAGGUGGUGUUUGAAACGGCUGACACACCUUCAGAAUUGACAAUGCCCCUGUUGAGAUAUCAAAAGGAGUGGUUGGCAUGGGCUUUGAAGCAAGAAGAAUCUUCUUCCAAAGGGGGUAUUCUAGCUGAUGAAAUGGGGAUGGGAAAGACAGUGCAAGCAAUAGCACUUGUGUUGGCCAAGCGCGAACUGAAGAAUGCUAUUGGUGAACAUAGUGGCUCAUCUUUUCCCACUACAUCUCCGCAUGAUUUGCCAUCAAUCAAGGGUACUCUUGUAAUCUGCCCGUUGGUUGCCGUGAUGCAGUGGGUUAGUGAGAUUGAUCGUUUCACCAUGAAGGGCAGCAGCAAAGUGCUGGUCUAUCAUGGAACAAACAGGGCAAAAAACAUUGACAGUCUCUCUGGAUAUGACUUCGUCAUUACAACUUACUCCACUAUUGAGGCUGACUAUAGGAAAAAUGUGAUGCCUCCAAAACAGAGAUGCGAGUGGUGUGGAAAAGCUUAUAAUGAAAAAAGAAUGGCCAUUCACCAGAAAUAUUUCUGUGGACCAUAUGCUGUUAAAACUGCUAAACAGUCGAAGCAACAGAAAAAGAAACACAAUGUUGAUCUGAAAGUCUCCCCAGAGUGUGACACAGGCAAGGAUAAGCAAAACAGUGAUUUUGAGGGUAAUGCAAGGAAAAGAGGUCGCAGAAAGGGCAAAAAAAACAAGGACAAUGAUGACCUUUUGGAGGAAAUAGAAAAUGAAGAACAAGACGUAUCUGGAGAUAAAUCAAUAUUGCAUUCUGUGAACUGGAAUCGCAUAAUAUUGGAUGAGGCCCAUUAUAUAAAAGAUAGACGCUCUAACACUACAAAAGCUGUUCUUUCUUUAGUGUCUUCCUACAAGUGGGCCUUGAGUGGAACGCCCCUACAGAAUCGCGUUGGAGAACUGUACUCACUUGUCCGGUUUCUACAGAUGGUUCCUUAUUCAUUUUACUUUUGUAAAGAUUGUGAUUGUAGUUCACUUGAUUACAGUUCUUCUCAGGACUGCCCACAUUGUCCUCACAAAUCUGUGCGACACUUUUGUUGGUGGAAUCGGCAUAUUGCCUCUCCAAUACAAGCUGAAGGAAACUCUGGAAAUGGUAAAGAUGCUAUGAUAUUGUUGAAGCACAAAAUCCUCAAAAGCAUUCUGCUAAGACGUACUAAAAAGGGAAGGGCUGCUGAUCUUGCCCUUCCCCCAAGGAUUGUGACACUGAGGCGAGAUUCUUUAGAUGUCAAAGAAGAAGAUUACUACACAUCACUGUAUAAUGAGAGUCAGGCUCAAUUUAAUACAUAUAUUCAGGAAGGAACUUUGAUGAACAACUAUGCACACAUAUUUGAACUUCUUACAAGAUUGAGACAGGCAGUUGAUCACCCUUACCUUGUUGUAUACUCUAGCACUGCUAUGGCAAGGCGUGAGGAUGCGGUAGGGGCUAGUAAUGCUGACCAAACUUGUGGCCUAUGUCAUGACCCAGUAGAAGAUCCCGUGGUCACAGUGUGUGCGCAUACGUUUUGCAGAACCUGUAUGGUGGAGUUCUCUUCCAGUAUUGCACAAGGUUCAUGCCCUUCCUGUUCCAAGCCCCUCACAGUUGAUCUAUCUUGUACCACCAGUGGUUACGGAGGAGAUACAAAUAUGAAAACUACAAUCAAGGGAUUUAGGGCCUCAAGUAUACUGAACAGAAUUUGUCUGAAUGAAUUCCAGACUAGUACAAAAAUAGAUGCCUUGAGGGAAGAAAUAAGAUGGAUGGUGGAAAGAGAUGGAUCUGCGAAAGCAAUAGUUUUCAGCCAAUUCACUUCAUUUUUGGAUUUGAUACAUUAUUCUCUGAACAAGUCGGGUGUAAGCUGUGUCCAGUUGGUAGGAUCAAUGACUAUGGCCGCAAGAGAAACUGCCAUCACUAAAUUUACAGAUGACCCAGAGUGCAGAAUAUUCCUUAUGAGUUUGAAAGCUGGAGGGGUUGCUCUAAAUCUUACUGUAGCAUCAAAUGUGUUCCUGAUGGAUCCUUGGUGGAAUCCAGCUGUGGAGAGGCAAGCUCAGGAUAGAAUCCACCGGAUAGGACAAUACAAACCCAUAAGAAUUGUGAGAUUUGUCAUAGGGAACACGGUUGAGGAAAGGAUCUUGAAAUUGCAACAGAAGAAAGAACUUGUUUUUGAAGGGACGGUGGGUGGUUCAUCGGAUGCAAUUGGAAAGCUAACAGAGGCGGACCUAAGAUUCCUUUUCACUUGAAGAAGUAGCAACAACUGAGAAGAUUUACAUAUAAAUGCAUGUAGUCAUUAGCAGUAUUAGUAGUAGCGGCAACAGAUUAAGCAUCUUUUUUGGGGAGGGCCUGGGGCCCGGGGCCCGGGGCUGGGGCUGGAGUUCAUAUGAAUGAGAAAUUUAGAAUGCCUUUAGGCCCCUAUGCUAGUUUUUUUGGUGGGGAGCUUCAUUGAUAUCUCAUAUUCUCAUUGACAAUGAUUGUUUUUUGAGGAUGCAGUCAUGCACCCCAUCCCAAAGCCUCAUUACUGGCAGCAGCAUAUUAAAAUCAUUUUCUUGGAGAAAUAAA